AAAAGACUCCUACUGUGUGGCAUAGACGUCAAUAUUGUUUCUUUAAAGCUGAAUGGCUCUGUUAUCUCUCAGUAUGUCUGCAGGUCUGUUAUCAGUCUUCUGUCUGCUGUCGCUCAGCUCAGCCUGUUACAUCUCUAACUGCCCCAUCGGUGGCAAACGGGCCAUACAGGAUCUGCCCCCUCGACAGUGUAUGUCCUGUGGUCCUGAUGAUCGCGGACGCUGCUUUGGUCCCAGUAUUUGCUGUGGUGAUGGGAUGGGCUGUUUGAUGGGCUCUCCAGAGACUCUUCAUUGUCUAGAAGAAGAUUUCUUGCCUUCUCCGUGUGAGACCGGAGGAAAAGUGUGCGGUUAUGAAGGACGCUGCGCUGCUUCGGGUGUCUGCUGUGACUCUGACGGCUGUAGCAUUGAUCAGUCAUGUGUCUACAGCGAUGGUGACGGUACGACCGUCAAUCAUUCAGAUCUCUUACUGAAGCUCCUACACCUGUCAAACCACGCCCAUCCCUACAGACUCCACCAAUGAUGUAUUUGUACAGAAAUGACAUCAUCUCAGGAGGACCAACCAGAACGAUUCUUGAAGACCACCGACCUUUCGUAAAAUAAACUUUGUAUUGCCAAUAGAUGAUGUAUUUGGCUAUAACACAUACGAGCAGAUAUGAUCAGUAAUAUAUUCGAGACUGACUGUAAAUCUGUGCAGAUAUUAAAAGUCUGACUGGA